AUGCCCGGUUCCGACCACCGGGAGAGCUACCGCGUUGCUCGAUGCCCGGUUCCGACCACCGGGAAAGCUACCGCGUUCCUCCAUGACCGGUCCUGGCUAUUGAAAGUGGCUCCUGUCCGGUCCCGGCCACCAGGAAAGCUCCCGCUCUUCUCGAUGGCCGGGCCCGGUCGUGAGGAGAGCUACUGUCGAUGCCCCGGCCCGGCCAAAGAGAAUAGCUCUCGUCCGGUCCCGGUCAUCAGAAGAGGUGCUGAUCUUGUUGAUGGCCGGUCCCGGCCAUCGAUAGUAGCUGCCGGUCGUGAGGAGAGCUACUGUCGAUGCCCCGGCCCGGCCAAAGAGAAUAGCUCUCGUCCGGUCCCGGUCAUCAGAAGAGGUGCUGAUCUUGUUGAUGGCCGGUCCCGGCCAUCGAUAGUAGCUGCCCUCAUGAACGGGCCCAGCGAUUGA